GGCCGCGUCCGAAGAACUGGACGCCCUUCUCGAGGGGGCUCAACCGAACACUAGAGCUCCCCUAGAGCUCCCUGAGCUAGCAUCUUAGGGCAAGGUAACUUGCCUCUGAUUUUAACUUAUGCUCCUCAUUUUGAGACUUAGUUAGGGAUAGGCAACAGUACUGGGAUUACCUGACUGGGGUCGUCAAAGAAGUGGGGCUUCCUUGCCCCAUUGUCAUUGACAUGUUAGCCCUCAUUUAUUCGUCCGGGUUCUUACAAUACGGUAACUUUUUGGACCUGGAUGAUAUGAGGGACCGAAUUCAUUCUAUCGCCCUAGGGGAGUUGAGUCAUGCCCAUUCUUUAGAUAAGGGUUCGUCCUGGAGGACUUUAGACUAAUAUUUCCCUUAUUUUUUGACUUCCGUCCCCAUUUGUAUAUUUUGCUGAUGAGAUUCUGUCUGUCUAUUUCAGGUGAUCCGGAAAUUUCUAACCCCGUGGCCAAGAUGAAGGAGAUGAUCGAGACUCGGGCGGCCGCGGCUGAGGCUUCGACGAAGAGGGCCGCUAAGGACCAGACCAAGAAGAAGGUGAUAGAGCUGAUCCUCGAGGAUUCAAGGCCCGUCCUGGAGGUUUCUAAGAGGGCUUCGACGGUGAGUUCUCCCAUGGUGACACGUGUUGAAAUGAUCCCGCCCCAACCUGCUCCUUUCCUGGUUAUCAACUUGGACCAGGAGCCCUCUGAAGGUGGAAGGGCGGAGAAGAGGGCAGCAGACUCGGCCGUUGGCGAGUCCAUGAAGCGAGCCAAGAGGGCCAAGACAAGGGAACUCGCCUUGGCCGAGGAGUACUCCUCCAGGGAAAGCCUCAUUGUUACCCAGGAGGUUUUGGAGGCUCCAAGGCUUCUUGUUAACCCAGCCCUUCCCGAGGAAGGGGACUUGGUCCUUCAAGAGGAGAGGGCGAAAAUGGUGUCCCGGGCUUGGGAAGAUGGCUAGGACAAACGGGAGGAGGUGUACUGGGCCUUGACUGUCCGACAGAAAGUGGAGUUUGCUGAGUGUUCUUCAACGCUCCCCAACAGAUCGUGGACCAACUCGUAGCUGAGACUGGGUUCCGGCCUAAGUUGGGGUAGGAUAUGGCUCUGCUUGCUGUGGACUUGUUGGCCCAGGUGGGAAUGACUAUGUCCACCCUUCAGCUGAAGCAGUUUGCUACCUUGGCCAGUCAGGAUGCGAUGUUCGUCUCCCAGGCCAUUCGUCACCAGGCCAUCGCGGAUGCCUUGUUGGCCCAUAGGAACGCGACUCUUAUGGCAGAGAUGGCGAUGAAGCUGGAGAUGGCCCAGAUGGAGCUGGAGGGGGACGUGAACCAACGAGAAGCCGCUAAGGAGGCCCUGGCCAGAGAAGCUGCUCGGAUCAAGGCUAAUCGCGAGGAGGCUUCCCGAAUUCAAGCCCAGCAUGAGGAAGCUUUGUCCAGGAAGGACGCUGACCAUAAGAAGUUGGUGGACAACCUGGAGGCAGAGCUGCUUUGUGUUCGGAGCUCAGAGGCAUUGAUCAAGGCCCUUCUGGAGGCAACUAAGGCCCAAAUUCGUCAGGAGCGGGAGAAGGUGGCAAACCUUGAGUCUUGGAACCAGGCCCUGGAUGGCAUGGUUCAGCUGGAGAUGAAGCGGAGCGAGGAGGCUUGCUAAGUGAAGGAGCAGGCUGAUGUGUUGCUGGAGGCCACUUUUGAUGAGGCCAUUUACAUGGCCUGGCUCCAGGACAAGAAUAUGAACCUCCUCGUCUAUCCAGAUCCGACUGCAAAGAAGGCUGAAUUUGAGGCCAAGGAGAAAGCUGAUGCGGAGCUUCUAGCCGGGGGCGAACAAGAUGAGAAUAUUCCGGAUGUCCUAGAUCAGGAUGAAGCCUAGGCCUGGGCCUUUGCAUUGUAAUUAGGGCUUCUUUCCCUUUUUUUUUUUUGUACUUGUAUUAAUUUUAUGGACGUGGAUGCGUCCCAGACAAUUUUUAUUGUUUGUAUUUAUAUAUUGAUUUUAUCUUAUGCAUUAUGAUUUCCAUUUUA